GUCCUGAAGCAGCAAAGCAGUCCCAGACCAUCACACUCAACCAGCACCAUGUUUGGCUGUUGUUUGAUAUGAAGGUGAUCAGUUCAAAGAUUAAGAAGACCGCCAAGGCCAUUACUGCACAGAAGUAUGUAGUACAAAGACUUGAAGAUUUCAAGGCAGUUGAAGAUUGCUUUUUGAAAGAAUUCCUCACCUCUGUCGAGAAGAAACUUGUGGAUGCCCAAAGUCUCAGGUUGAAAAACUCAAGUAGCUCCAUACAGGAAAUGAGUGAUAAGAUUGAGAAGGUAACCGAUGAAACAGCAAUAUUAAAAAGUGAAGUUGCCAACAUUGAGAAGGUUCUGAAUGAAUAUAAGAGGUACAGGAGAAUUCUGUUCAAGCUUUCUGAUCCCAAGUGGCAGGAAGCCCAGAAAGCAGCGACUUUAACAACGAAAGGCUUGCCAGACAGACCAGAUGGCUUGGAGAAAGAUGUGGAUUCCACUCCAGAUAGAGUGCUGCCUCCCUCCAGUGAGUCUACACUGUCCUCAAACCACAGUGAUGCAGUGGUGAAGAAUUCCCAGCUGGAUGGAAACAACACAAUCUAUGAGGACAAGCUGGAACCAUAUAUCUCCGAUCCCCGGGAGUUAAUGGUCCUGAUGUCAGAGCUGACUGACCAGAACCUGUCUCUGAUUCACAAUAUCACCAGGAUGGAUAAGACAGUGGAGCACACUUUCGAGGUCACCAUGAAGAAAAUGAAAGAGGAAGAGGAGCAGCUAAUCCUGCAUGUAGAAGAUAUGAAGGAGAGAGUUGACAUCAAAAAGAAGAGAGUGGCCAUGCUUAAAAAGAGUGUUCAUCUCCAUGACUCAAUAAAGACAGAGGACCAGGAUAUUAUGUUGGAUGAUUUGGCGAUUAAGGUGGCAAAGGUGUAUUCCUCAUGCAUCGAAAAACGGCCGACCCAACUCACCACUUUGGAGAUGCUGACUGGUUUUGAGCACCGUAUGUCUCUGCUGUUCCAGCAAGUUGAGAGCAUCCCAGAGGACGUGCUGAAAACACUGAGGAACAUCAAGGACAGCGAGAGGAGGAGCAGACAGCGAGAGGAAACACUUAAACUGGAGAUGGAGAAACACAGAGAAAGGAUGAAGAAGUGCAUUCAGAGGUCGCUGGGUGAAGCCAAGAAAACAUAUGGACGAAAGCUCAUGCCCAGAUGUUUCCCGGUCAAGAAGAAGAUUGAAGUUGUUGAGGUCAUCACCUUCGUGGAGGCCUUCCAUUCCCACCUCUUCACUGAGGACUCAGAUUAAAAACAAGUACAAAUGCACUACUUGUUACACUCGUCUGAGUCCAUGUUUUCACAGGGAUUGUGUGAUAAUCAUAACUUCAGGUCUAAAAACUGGGGAGGAUGUGUAAAAUGUAAAUAAAAACAGAAUGGAAUGAUUUGCAAGUCUCACAGACCAAUAUUUUAUUUAUGGUAAAACAUAGAAAACAUAUUAUAUUUUAGUAUUUCAUGAAAUUUUGAAUUUGAUGGCAGCAAAACAUCUCGGAAAAGUUGGGAUGAUAACGACACAUAAGUGGUAAUAAAAAGCAGCUGGAAUCCUAAAUCAGACAACGGGGCGACACUCCUGCAGUCGAUUGUUCUUAGAAGAAGAGGGGAUUCUUCUCAGUGGUAAACGUGUCCCUUCCCAAUUUUUUUGAGAUAUGUCGCUGCCAUCAAAUAAAAAAUAGCCAUUUCUUUCUUAAAAUUGUACAUUUGAACAAUUUGAUGUUUUCUAUAUUCUACUGUAAAUAAAAUAUGGGUGUAUGAGAUUUCAAAAUCCCUGCAUUCUGUUUUUAUUUACACAGCCUUCCCAACAUUUUUGGAAUUAGGGUUGUAAUAAAGCAGCAGUUACAGCUGAUGUUCUAAUUACAACAGGGGUCAUACUGACUCCUCAAUAACCUGAAUGUUGCCAUCUAAAAUCAUUAUUACUUAAUGAUCAGCCAUUUGUGUCUGAAUGUCAGCUCACUGCAGCUUGGUCAUGGUUACAGUUUUUCAUAUUAAUGUGUAGUUUGAAAACUGUUUUCUCUCUUUCUGACUUUCUUAGCGGUGUAAAAUCUGUGAGGUCUUAAAUAUUUUUCACAAUGGCAUAAUCUCUUAGCCAGCUCAGAAGUAUUAACCUCAAUAGAGUGCUUACCCUCCCCAUUAUCAUCAUCAUUGACCCUACUGGUGUCCCCCAAUGUAGCCAAUCACCAGCUUACCCACUUAUUGCACACUGGCCUAAACACUCACACCUCCAUCAUCCAUUACACACAGACUGCCUCUCCUCUGAUAUUUGUCCUCCUAUUAUGGCUUUCUAGUCCUACUCUGUGCUGGUCACUGCCAAUGCCUUGGCAGUUAUUUCUCAGUAAAUGAGUAACAGACACACACACACACAGACACAUACAGACACAUAUACAAGCACACACAGACACAUACUGACACAAACACAAACUGUAUCAGAAGUAUUGAUGUAUAAUUUACCACAAUUAAAUGAUUUUGUUUGUAGUAAUCCUUAA